GCAGAACCGUGCAGGGUUUAGUGGGAGGUUUAGUGGGAGGACUGGAACAGGGCGGCGCUCUGGAGGAGCGACGUGGAGAUUAAAGUGGCGCUCCGGUGACGCUUCUUUGAAUACUUUACUUUAGAAGCGUCCAGGGAUGCGCCUGGAUACCACACUUUACGCGCGGUGGUAACUGGAAGCGGAUGAUUUCGACUCACUAACACUAAAAACCUGUCAACUUUCAACCUUUGGUUAAGGAUUGACUCGGAUCCCUGAACAGUCAGGACAAGACCUGUUUUGAGUAUGAGUAUAGGCACCAGUCUCAUCCCUGCUGCCUUUCCUCCAGUUUUGGAUACUUACCUUGAGUAUUGCAGCACAGUGUGCGUGUCCUCCUUCGUCCACGUAGACUCACUCACAUGGGUGUCUUCGCUCUGUCCAUCCAAACGGUGUGUUAGAAUGGAGCAAAAUCAGCCUGAGGAGCAAGAGGACCCGAGCUCUGAGCUUCAGCCUCAGCUAGAUCUGUUUAGGAAGUUGGGCUUCUCUGAUGCUCAGGUCCGAGCAGUGCUGCUCAAGCUGGGCCUCCACACCGACACCAACCGGAUUCUGGGAGAGCUGAUACAGGUGAGAGCGGCAGAGACCGAGGAUUGUCUCAGUCCGACAGCGGUGGUUCCACAUGGUGAAAGCCAGAGGAAAGGUCACAGAGUUUCAUCUCUACCUGCUGAACAAGAGGACGCAGCCAAGGACGAAGAUGCCCUCAAGCCGAUAGUGAUAGACGGCAGCAACGUAGCAAUGAGUCACGGGAACAAGGAAGUUUUCUCCUGCCUGGGAAUCCAUCUGGCUGUGAAGUACUUCCUGGAUCGAGGGCACACAGAUGUUACUGUGUUUGUGCCGUCAUGGAGGCGGGAACAGCCCAGGCCGGACGUUCCGAUCACAGAUCAGCAAAUUCUCCGUGAGCUGGAACGGAAAAAGGUUCUGGUCUUCACUCCAUCAAGGCGUGUGGCAGGAAAGCGGGUAGUUUGCUAUGAUGACCGUUUCAUCGUAAAGCUGGCAUACGAGGUAGAUGGCAUCAUCGUGUCCAACGAUACCUACCGAGACCUGCAGGGGGAAAAACCUGAGUGGAAACGCUUCAUAGAGGAGAGAUUGCUCAUGUACUCCUUUGUUAAUGACAAGUUCAUGCUCCCAGAUGAUCCACUCGGGAGACAUGGACCUACAUUGGAAAACUUUCUGCGCAAGACUCCCCGGGCUACUAAGAAACUCCCCUGCCCCUAUGGUAAGAAAUGCACCUACGGGAUCAAGUGUAAGUUCAGCCACCCAGAACGUGCCAAGCAGUCCCAACGUUCCUUGGCGGAUGAGUUGCGUGAGAAAGCCAAAAUGCCCUCUCCCAUGAAACCGUCCUUGGCAGGCCCGAACCCUUCCCGUGGAGCCUCUCUGGAGGAAGUGAUGGAGCAAAAACUCACACUCAAUCAAAGUGGAUCACUCAAGAAGGCCCACACCAGUGAGAAUAUGCUGGUGGUGAAGAACACACCGCAGUCUACUUCAAGAAAGUCCCCUUCAAAGCGAGAUCGCUCCAGCCAGUACUCCACAACAAAUCCAGACGGCAUCUCGGCUUCCUUUCAGGAGUACCCGGACUCGGGCCUGGGCUCAUACGAAUGCCACGGCGAGCACCAGUGUGGAGGAGAGCAAAGGAAGUCCAAGAAUCCUUCUAAUGGAAGGUUCCGACAUCCUCCAACUUGCAGCCAGUCCUUAAACCAAUCCAAUUUACAGUCCAAUCCAGGUUACCAUCCCCACCACAUGAGUAUAGCUGCAUCCCAAAGCCCAAACAACAUGCCAUACUCUUUCCCUCAAUAUCACUCCUAUGGAGGAGCACCUUACCCACCAGGGAACUUUGCCCAGUAUAGUGUACCCCAUGAGUACCACCACAGAAGUAUGCCUCCUCCUCAAAGUGGUUACUGGUCUGAGCCAUACUUUGGCCACGUGCCUCAAGGACCUGUGCAGGGUGACGGCACUCCUUGGACCCAUCCAAUACCGGAGAAGGAGCAGGUGAGGAAGAAGCUGCGAGCCAUUUUUAAUGCCCGUCUUGUGGACAGAGCAAUGGAGAUGUUCCCAAACCUAAUGGACCCUCAGAAACUGGCCGUGGAGAUCAUCAACCUGCAGUCAUAUGAGGGGGUUUUAUGA